CUUGUUCCGUCUUUGGCGGCGUCGGUAGUUCGCUCGCCUCCGACACCAUGCAGUUUUCUACGUGCGAGCCAUGACUUCUUGGACUAUCUUGGUGACGUCUUUCGGCGUCUUGCUUUCUUGUGUUCUCGCGUCUUCUUCAACCACGGAGAAAACAUGCGAAGAACUUCAACUGAAGUGCGCCCAUCGGAAAGGUUGUGGAACAGCGCUCCACGCUUACAUGUACCAGUGUGCCGCUGUGCUCUCCGGACGGACUACCAAAUGCCCGUGGCCGUGUCAGCGAGCGCUGGCAGCGCUGACGUCCACCGAUGAAGGACGUGAACUCUCAACUUGUCGCUGCGGCGAUUCGGAUGUUUGCAAACAGAGCAAGCAGAAUGUUGAAGUGUGCAGAGCUGAAGUUGAACGGCUGACAGCGCCAGGAGCGAAGAUACCGUGUAGCAUAGCGUACUGGAUUUGUGAGGCCGAGCCGCAGUGCGGGGCGGCCCUAGGCUAUUAUUACCGCUACUGCCGGUCUAUGUUCCACGGCAAAAAGUGUACAGCGCGGUGUAACAACAGCUUGGCCAUUUUGAACCGCCAGCCCAAGGCGGACACCUUGAGGUCCUGUUACUGCGAUGGAACGGAAGACUUCACGUGUCAGAAGAUCAGGGCCAACACCGAGAAACUGUGUUAUCGAAAUGAUAAGCCUCAAAAGAAGAGCAGUGGAGUGAUGUCCACUUCCCAGCCGGUGCAGAUGUUUAUCUGGAUUGCGGUGAUCACAGUUCAUCGGUGUACUGCACUGCGGCUCCAAAUCACGUGAUCCAGCGUGAACCAAUGAUGUCCAGCAUCGAGUCCACAGGGCUGAAUAUCGCCCAUAUCGCCACACGGGUAUCGGAGACACCAAAGCACGGGUUGUGUAUAUAAAACGAAACCUAAUUUAUAAGGACUGAAGGACAGGCCAUCUGCACCCCGUUGUUCCUGUGCAGGAUCCUUGCUCAUAGGCAACGACAAAAGAGCGAGAGAAAGAGAAUAAAGGGAGAAGAAUAACGCAUCUAUUAACGCUCCAUUUAGAAAAAAACAGAAUUGCGGCGUCCUGUACAGUCCGCUGAAGUCCUUUCAGGGAACAAAACUCAUUUGUGAUAGAACUAUUCCAAUACGACUCUUAAGACAAAUAGAUGAGAUAAUCAUAGAUGGUCAUUAUCAUAACGAUAAUAAAAUAUCACUCAGACAUAAAUAUAAUAGAUGCGUUGUCGCCUCAGCUGUCAUACCUCGGUGUGUUUUAUUUCCCAGUGAUUCCUACAGGUGUUGUGUUUAUGUUUAGAGAAAACCUAUUGUAUCAUAUUCAGGCAGAUGAAUGAACUUGACAUAGCGAAUGAACUGCACGCUCAUGGUUGACGCCGUAUUUGCCCCUACAUAUAACGUACGAAAUAAAAUUAAAGAGACAUGUAAAGAGCGUGAUGCUUAACAUGACUGAAAACGCGAAGAACAUCGCUAGAAACUCACCGAUUAGCAACAACACGACGACGAACGCGACGUCCUCAGGGAACGUCAAUCAAAAGCCUAUUCGUGGGUCCCCAGAGGCGGUCUCUUUCUUGUAGGAGCAUGCCACUACAUCAUUUCCUUUACAUGCCCUGGGCUAAGGCCAUGGAUGAAAAACUCGGGAGUACGUUCGGUCGUGUAGGGCAUUCUAUCAUCGCCGAACAGAACUCGGUAAAGAGGGAACAUAAGCUCAUGUGCACUUCUUAAAAGCAUAGCAUAGCUUUGCUCGAGAGCAAAUCUGCUGUUGGCAGAGUGACUGGGUUCUUAGUCGCGUUGUCCGUUCGCGUCAUGACUGUGACGGUGAUGCGAGAAUGGAGAAUACAGGUACUCUGGAGUUAGGAAGCUUUUCAAAUUGACGGGUAUCGUCUAGAACUUGUUGGUCGCAGAAAACUUUGACAUUAAUUAUAUGAAGUAAUUUCAUUGUUGUGUUCUAGCUUCCAACAAGCAACGGCCAUAUGUCAGUCGUGGAUGGAUGCACUUUCAUGGAUGUAAAAGCUGUGUACGAUACAUGAAAGGCCCACUUUCGUUGCACGAACCCUUUCUCCUUAUAUGUACUUAAGUCCUUCUUUCGUCUUUUCUCAAGUAUGGUGUUAAGAAGAAAACGCCCAUCGUAAAAAGGCUAUCAUACCAAAAGAGGCGAUAUAUUUUUUUCCCCUGUAUUCGCACCGCGAAGCAACUGUGGCCAUAAGCGGCGUACAGAUAGAGACAGGUCAGCAGUAAGAAGGGUGUGACAGGAGGGUUAAUAUGCGUACUGGGCUGAUUUCAGGGGGAACUGCGCCUACAUCAAUCUGAGAGUCUGCCAGAAAAUCCAGGGCAAAGCUCAGACAGCUCAGCCGGCGGUAGGAUUCGAAUCCAGAGGCUAUGUAAGCUGCUUUGCAAAACAAAAACAAAAACGAUCUGUCAAAAUAGUAGAACGCUAUGCAAGUCCACAGAAGAACAAGCAGUUGGGGAGCAAAAUUCGGCAUGCCGUCGGGCUCUGCAUAAAUGGAAAGACAUACAGAAGUAUCAUGUACAACCUCCAGGGUCACUAGAUUGGAUUGAAUUGGAUGCAACUGUAAAAGAAAGAAAGAGAAAAGACGAAAGAAAAAGCAGGGUGUAAGCGGAGACUUUGCGCCUGCAUGAUGGUAUUCUUCAGUCAUGGUGGUGUAUAAGCCUUCAAGUAUAGGGCCUAACAUAGGCACUAUGGCUGCUUCAUAGAGCCCACCGCAUUGCCACGCCAUUGUAACGCCAUUCCUCAGCGGGGUUCAGCUGCAUUUAUUUCGUGGGGAAGGAGUACAAAUUAUAUCUAGAGGUGAUUAGUGAAAUUACGAGAAAUCAUCUAUGCAUGCACAAAGACGAACUUUAGAACGGAGCUACGACCUGAUUUUGAAGUGGCACAUCAGUACAAUGGUGUAGUGCAUUGCAAUAAGGUUUGAUAUUUCUCUGACUACGGAUUACAUUCUUGCGCUGAGUCAUUGACUAAAUUUUUGUAGCGCGGUCAUGCAACAGAGAGAAAUCAUGCGAACGAUGCAGUUAUUUGACGUGCAAUGUCAUUUCCUCGCGCAGCAUGAUGUCAUAUCCUGUGAAACAUCGUGUAAACCAUGUACAGAAUUAUGUAUUUCAGAAUACCCUGUAGAGUUCUCAAAGCAGCAUGUUAUUUUGAGAUUUAUUCGAAUCUGUACAUAUGUGAA